CGCAGAUCCCUAUAUCUUAUGGGUUUCUAAUGACAAUACUGUACCGAUGUAGCAAAUUUGUAGACAAUUGAAAAGGAGAGCGAGGGUCGAAAGAAUGGGAAAAUUGGCUAUUUAUACAUUUCUUUUAUACUUUGCUUCCUUAAGUUAUGCUUCAGUUUUCAAUUGGAAAGAUGCAUUUAAUUAUCCAAAGUUUUCCUUUGAAUGGAGUCCUGAAGCAGUUACUUUGACGAGAAUGGAAGAAUUGAAAAGUGAAUUGCCGAAUGACAAACUUUGGACGCGACUUCGCACGGGAAACGAAGAUUAUUUCUGUGUUUAUCCAAAUAUCACAGCUAUAAAGUCCAAAUCCGUAUCCAAACAGCCCAAGCCUGAUACAAACUCAAUAAGGACCCAAGGAUUCAAAGCACUAGAGACUCUCUCGAAUAUUUUCAUAAUGGAGAGACGUGGAUACUGGGCAUAUGACUAUCUUCACAAUCAAUUUGUACGUCAGUAUCAUUUGGAUUUAUCUCCCGACCUCCAGAAGCCUGUUAUGGAGCCCUUAUAUUUUUUGGGAAUGGCUUCUUCUCAAGAAAAGAAUGUAGAGCCUCAGGAACAGCAAUUGCUGGUUAUGUUUGACGAAGGGAAAGCAUAUUUACAAACGACCUAUCGCAAUGGUACGAUCUGUGAUGUUACAAAUAAACCGCGUACUGUUGUUUUAAAAUAUGAAUGUGAAGACGACGAUCCAACUCCGAGAUUUACUCAAUACCAAGAAGUUUCUAGCUGCUCUUAUUCAAUUACCAUCCAUGUUCCUGCUUUGUGUAAGCAUAGAGCUUUCCAAUCCUUAGAUGAUAGCCCUUCGGAAAACAUUAUUUGCUACCCUAUUUCCACAGAAUCAGACGUUCAUAGUCGUGUCACUGGCCACAAAUCCCAGUUACCUACAGGGACUAGUACUAAUCGCUCUACAGCACUGAGCAAUAAUGCAGAAGACGAUGUAGGUGGAUCCACACAGCCUACAAGCAGCUCUUCGGACCCGAUGGAAGAACUUUAAAGCUACAUAUCUGGUCUUUUUUUUUUUUUUUACUGUAACAAAAAACCUUGCAUAAUCAUGUCAUGUUCUCCUUAAUCUAUCACAUCUAUAUACAAAACUCUGAGUUUAACCGACAAGCCCGAAAAGAGAUCUCAUGCAGCAAGUAUGAGUUCUUCUAUUGUCGAACAACCUGAAUUUUGUUGUCUUUUUGAAACUUUGUGAAUUGUGUUUCAAGUUCCUUAUAUUGUUCGAGCAAGGCAUCCAUUGCUUUUCGAAUCUUCCGUAAGUUAGUAUCCUAAUUAAAUGCCAUCAAAAAUACAGAUCCCAAUUGACUUACUCCUUCUUGGUUCGUCUGUAAUGCAGGCAUAACGGUUUCUACAGUCUGUUCAACCAAAACACCAUGAAUCAUACGAAAGCAACGGCGAUCUUUAUCCAAAGGCUUCAAGGUCUCAUUCACCAGUCUAAAUAACAAAAAGUUAGGUUUUCGUAUUUAUAGUUGACGUCCUCAUACUUAUGUUCAUCAGCGUCUGUUUCCAAAUCGACAAUCUUUUGUGCGAUCUGCUGCAAUUGCGAUUUGUAUGCGUUAUACUGGUUUUGCAAAUCUAUUUGUUAAAUUAACUUUCUUCGCUUUCAACGUACAUUGCUGUCGACUAAUCUGCUCAGUCAUUCUUCUGUAAAAUGGAUUUUUUGCAAAUGUUCGUUGUAUUCAGUACACGCACAUUCAUAUGCAAUUAACGCGGUUUCAUGGUCUCGUUAAACGUUUUGCGUGAUAUGGUACCAUACCUUCGUUUUCAUUACCAGAUUAAGUUCAUUUAGUUCGUUAGUAAACAAAGUGUCGUAUUGGAAUGUUUAUGAAGAAAUGCUUGUGUUGGUGUAGAAGCUAAAUCGUCUUAAGUAAUUCAAAAUUUAUAAAUUACGUGAAUGUGAUCCUCUCU